AUGGCUACGACAUCUGAAGAUCAGGCCGUUGUGGACUUUUUGACCAGUUCCAGAGAUAAAAUUUCUGAUUUCAUAAAAAUUCACGAUUCUGAUCCCAGACUAAAGGACUUGUUAAAUACGUCAAGAGAGAUUAUGGAAUGUGUGAACGACGUUUCUAACUUCUUGAAUCCUUGUUUUUCUCCUAACUCUGAAGUUUCAAUCAAGAAGUAUGAGGAUUGCGUUUUCAUUAAUCGCGAUGUGGGAUCAGAGAAUGAAAUCGCUGAACUGUUACAACAAAUUCAAAACGAAUCUUCUGAAUUUCUCACAUUUUUAGAAAAUCUACACGUUACAUUCAACUCACUAAAUUUAGUAUUAAACCCUUCAGAUUCAAGCUCCGACUCGGGUUCAAAUACCUUGUCAAAGAGCAGGAUAUUGGAAUUAUACAACGAAAACAAAAAACUGGCUAACGAGAUCGAUAGAUUAAACACUGAAAUUAUAGCUAACGACUCUAAGCUAAGUGAGCUCGAGUCUACCAAAAAACUCUGUGAAAAAGAACUCUUGAUGUACGACAAACUGUUAAAAUCUUCACAAGAUUUAAAUAAUCGGGAAGCACAGGAGAAAUUGAUGAUAUAUGACAAAUUGUUAAAAUAUUUAGAACCGAAUUCUGUUUAA